CUCUCUCCAUUCCUUUUCGUCCCCAUCGCUCGGCUCGACACGAUCACACGAAGGAAGCCGAAGCCGAACGGAACGCGAGGGGAAUCCAGAGACGCCUCAUACGAUUCUGAGCUCCGAGCCUUACCGGCGGCUAUGAUGCUGCGCGCGGCGGGCAGGCGGCUCCUCGGCCUAGGAGGCGGCGAGGCUGCGCCGCCGGUGCCCCCGGUCGCUACGGUGGCGGCGGUGGCGAUCAGGGGCAGAGGGUACCACGAGCGGGUGGUGGACCACUACAACAACCCGCGCAACGUGGGGUCCUUCGACAAGGACGACGCGGACGUCGGCACGGGGAUCGUCGGCGCGCCGGCGUGCGGGGACGUCAUGAAGCUGCAGAUCCGCGUCGACGAGGGCUCCGGCAGGAUCGUCGACGCGCGCUUCAAGACUUUCGGUUGCGGCUCCGCCAUCGCGUCCUCCUCCGUCGCUUCCGAAUGGAUUAAGGGCAAACAAAUGGAGGAAGUAGUAGCGAUCAAGAACACCGAGAUUGCGAAGCACCUGUCUCUUCCACCGGUAAAGCUCCACUGCAGCAUGCUCGCUGAGGAUGCAAUCAAAGCCGCCGUGAAGGAUUACGAGGCAAAGAAAGGGAAGCUGGCCAAGGCAGAGGAGCAGGACAUCCCAUCUCCAUAAGAGCGCAGCUACCUGAAGCGAGCAGAGUAGUGUAUGUAACGAGCGAGGAACUCGUGUGCAAAGAGCGUGUAUAUAUAGCUAGGUGGCUACGAUGUUUGGGUUUCAUCGAAUAAGCGAACUUGCUGCACCGUGGUUAUGCACAUAAAUAAGGUCUGCCCGUUGCCCUUAUAUCUGCUUAGUCGGAGUAUGUAUGCUUAGAUUGAUUGAACAAUGUUGUUGAGAUUAGGAUCAUGUAUGGUAGAGCUCUGACUCCGACUUCUUGUGCUUCAGACUGUUUUUUAUAGAUAAGUUAGAGCCAGAAAAAAAGUGUCUUUUUCUGUCUUUUCGUUACAAA